UCAAGCUCCCCUUCCUCUCCUAUGCUACAACUACUCUCCAGCUGAGGGUCUCCUGGUGUACACCUGCAGUCGCGGCCCUCGGCUGCAGCCUCGGCUGCACCGGCAAUCGCAGCCUCUACACCUGCGUGCACACUGACCCCUGCCAGCAGCCUAUCCCACACCAGGAAGUGAGUGCCACGUCCAGAUCCUGUUCGCCUUUCCUCACAGCCACCCAUCCCCACUGGUGUGACAGUGCAUGGCAUGGCCAGUGGCUGGGGCCUGAGGGCAGGGACAUGGGCAUCAUCCCAGUUUCAGAGAGGGCGUCUUGGAAUGCAUCCUUUGGGGGACCAGGCACCGUGAGUGGGCCCCUCUCUGGCCCCUGGUACAGCACACACAAGACUCAGCUCUUGGGAGUUUUACUUGCUGCUGCUUCAAAUUUGCUGAUUAGUGUCUCUUUGAGUGUACAGAAAUGCGCUCAUCUCCGACUGGCUUGCCAAACUGAGCUGAAGCCCUACUACACGAGCAAGCUGUGGUGGUGUGGGAUUAUCCUCCUGGGGCUUGGAGAGGUGGGCAAUUUCGCAGCCUACGGAUUUGCCCCCAUUGCUCUUGUUACUCCACUGGGAUGUGUAUCUGUCAUAGGUAGUGCAUUUAUUUCUGUCUUUUUCCUAAAGAAGACCAUGAGGACUGCUGAUAUAUUGGGUGGAACACUGACAGUAACAGGGACAUACUUGUUGGUGACAUUUGCUCCAAAUGUACCUCAAGAGCUCACAGCAAGACAAGUACAGAAUUACUUAGUGAGCUGGCCUUUUUUGGUAUAUUCAAUCUUAGAAAUUUUAAUAUUCUGCAUUCUUCUCUAUUUUUACAAAAGAAAGGCUGUGAAACACAUCGUCGUUUUGUUAAUGAUGGUAGCGCUACUGGCAUCAAUGACUGUCAUUGCUGUAAAGGCUGUGUCCAGUAUGAUAACACUAUCUGUGAAGGGGAAAAUGCAGCUAACUUAUUCCAUUUUCUAUAUCAUGGUUGCUUUAAUGGCAAGUUCUUGUGCUUUUCAAGUCAAGUUCUUGAAUCAAGCAAUGCAUCUGUAUGAAGCAACAGCAGUUGUGCCCAUUAAUUUUGUGUUCUUCACCACCAGUGCCAUAAUUUCAGGGGUCAUAUUUUAUCGGGAAUUCCAAAGUGCAGCUUUCCUGAGUGUGUUCAUGUUUCUGUUCGGGUGUCUACUGUCUUUCCUUGGUGUGUUUAUAAUUGCAAGAAGUAAAAAAGAGGAGCAUUUACAAAUUCCUUUUAUUGACUGUGGACAUAUUCCUGGACACAAAUUGACAGGGAAAAUACAACCAGAUUCUCAGAGUUCAUGCUAUGGCACACUGAAUAAGGAAGAUGACUCGGUGAACAGUCAAAGCUGAAAGAAGAAAGGACCUUACUUGCCAACUAACAGGAGGAAUACCACUGGAACAAGGCGCAGCAGCACUUUUUUGUUGAACAUAUUUAAGUACACAUUGAACUCCUGUAUGUUGAUGAGUCAUAGUAUUAUUUAAUCCUAAUUAAUUUAUUCUGUGAUUCUACCAAAUGGGUUCUAAAUAUAAAGGAAGCCUUAAGAAAAACUAAAUAACCAUUAAUGAUACAGAAUAUUCUCCUAGUAUCAAUGCCUCUUGGGGAUAUUUUUAGAGUCUUAAUUGCCUUGAAAUGCAAAUAGGCACAGAACAGGAUUAUAAAAAUUCCCCUUUGAAACCCCUCAGAUCUUAAAGACAAGGUGGGAAAUGAGAACUUUCAUAAGGGACUUCAAAGUAUUCUGCUAUAUGUACAAUUCCUUUUAAAUCUGUUCCUUCCUGUUCAGGAGUCAAAGCUGUGGGCAUAUAUACAGUGGACACAAAUAGGUAAACACAAAGAAUUUUGGAUUGUAUGUAGAGGGACAAUCCUGAUUAUAUCCUACCAUCAGAUUGGUUCUCUUAUCUUCCAAGGAAAUAAACACUUGUGUGAGGAGGAGGAAGAGAAUAUUUGCAAUAAACAUAGGCACAUGGGCACGUGCAUACAUCUGAGGUGCCCAGCCAAGGUAGGUCUAGGGAAUUAUGCUUGACAUUUUACAUCCUUUGACAAGAGUCCUGUGCGCUGGGCUCUAUGACCUGUUAGCAUAGUCUGUCCUGAGUUUAGCUUCUUUUUCAGCAAAAGAAGGUUUUAGUGAAGAAAGUACAUAGUUCUUCAGAGGAAGUGGGGUAGCCAGGCUCCCUCUCUUGAUGUGUCUUGGAAAAAUACUCCUAAAAAAGAAAAGUAGGGCACCUCCUUGUUACCACUGCUAAAGCUGUGUGAGGAAAGGCUGUAAAAAACAGAACCACAAAGAGUCAUGGUAACUGUACCUCUUUUCCUUCAUUAAAUGGUAGGGUCUCCACAUUGAUUUAAAGAGCCAGAAGUGAUGGGAAAGAUGGCAAUACAGGCUCUGUAUUCAGAUUUAGGAGGUCUGUGUGUCCCUCAGUCCCAGAUGCCCAGCGAAAAAAAGCUGCUUCUGGGCGUUCAUCAUGGGCCCACUUAACCCUGCCUGGUAGUACUGAUACACCUCAGCCAGCACAGUGGGGAGCAGACACAUCCUCUGCAUAAAAACUUAAAGUGCUCUUGAAAAAUGUGCAUGUCUUGUUUUAGGUUUAAGUUAAUCUGCAGUAAUGGAUAGGGGCCAUAGACUGUGUGUAUUUUGUUUCAGUGAGAUAAGAGGAAAUGAGGUCUCUUUUUCUUUCUCAAAUAAUUUUUAAUUUAAUUUUAAAAUAGCUACAGUUGAAGAUCCAUAAGGCAAUUUAAUUUCAAAUGCUACAAAGCACACACAGAGCUGCAGUUUUUCCUGUGGAGCAAUGGCCCAGGAACUAGGGCAUGUGGGGACUUGUGAAGCUGUUUUUCAAUAUGGACCUUUCCCAGCUGACACAGGACAAGGCUCUCUGUCUGCACCUUACUUGUACUAGCUGCCUGGCUUGGCCUUCCUUUCCCCUCUUACAGCUUGAGUUGAAGUUUCUAAAGCUUAAAUAAAAAUUUUAAAAAGCACAUUAUUUUCACAUGCUUACUCCAGGGAGUAAGAGCAUGCCUCUCUCUUUCUUUUGCAGGUCAAAUUUAAGCUUCUUUUUAAGUCCCAAGUGAGAGUAUGUGCUAAAGAUGGAAAUAGGAGGCCUACAGGCUUUUGUUCUGUGACCUGGGAAACAAAUGAGUGAAAGGGUUUGGUUUUGUUGCUUUUUUGAAAUGAUUGGCCUUGGGCAUCUUUCCGAAAUCUGUUUCCAUGACUCAAGAGGUCUGGAGGAGGUAAUAAAGGUUACCAGGUAUAGGAUUUUCUCUUUAGAGUAAGAAAUCAAAUGUAAAAAUCUGUGGCAAAAGUUAUUAUUUAUUUUGUAUUUCUGUAUUUCUUCUUGAACAAUGCUUUUUUUUUUUCUUCCUAUGGGUUUAUACAAAAAUUAUAAGGGUUAAAAUGUUGUCUUUAAAUCCUAACAUAUUUGAAAGUAAUUUAUGGAGCAAAACACUGGUGAGAAUUAUAUGCAAUUAAAAGUUGUGAUUUGACAUGGUCUUUGUAACUCAA